CCAGGAAGCCACAAGUCUCUCUAUAACGAUCUUUGAAGUAAGAAGAGUGUGUUGUGUUGAAGUAUCAAAGAUGUUGAUUGGUUCUCUCUUAAACAGGCGUCCUAAGAUCAAGGGGACUGUGGUGUUGAUGACCAAGAAUGUGUUCGACGUCAACGACUUCAUGGCGACUACUAGGGGCGGACCAGCCGCUGUUGCCGGCGGCAUCUUCGGUGCCGCCCAGGACAUUGUUGGUGGAAUAGUUGAUGGUGCUACGGCCAUCUUCAGCCGUAACAUUGCCAUACAGUUGAUCAGUGCCACCAAGUCUGAGAAUGCACUUGGACAUGGGAAAGUUGGAAAGCUAACCUAUUUGGAGAAACAUCUUCCUUCAUUACCAAACUUGGGAGAUAGGCAGGAUGCAUUCGAUGUUUAUUUUGAAUGGGAUGAGAGUUUUGGAAUUCCGGGAGCAUUUUACAUCAAAAACUAUAUGCAAUCUGAGUUUUUCCUUGUGAGUUUCAAGCUUGAAGACGUUCCAAAUCAUGGAACCAUUCUCUUUGCUUGCAACUCAUGGGUUUACAACGCAAAAUUGUACAAAAAAGAUCGCAUUUUCUUUGCUAAUAAGGCAUAUCUUCCAAAUGACACUCCAACUCCACUAGUAAAGUACAGAAAAGAAGAAUUGGAAAAUCUAAGAGGAGAUGGAAGAGGGGAGCGCAAGGAACUUGAUAGGAUCUAUGAUUAUGAUGUCUAUAAUGAUUUGGGCAACCCAGACGAGAAUGACGAUCUAGCUCGUCCUAUUCUUGGCGGGUCUAGUAAGCAUCCAUACCCUCGCAGGGGAAGAACUGGUAGAAAACCAACAAAGAAAGACCCCAGAUGUGAGAGACCAACCAGCGACACUUACAUCCCGAGAGACGAAAAUUUUGGUCACUUGAAGUCAUCAGACUUCCUUACAUAUGCAAUAAAAUCCUUAACUCAAAACGUUUUACCUCAAUUCAACACUGCAUUUGGUUUCAAUAAUGAGUUUGAUAGCUUCGAGGACGUGCGUUGUCUCUUUGAUGGCGGAGUUUAUCUCCCUACAGAUGUACUCAGCAAAAUUAGCCCCAUACCGGUGCUCAAAGAAAUCUUCCGCACUGAUGGUGAGCAAGCCCUCAAGUUUCCACCACCUCAUGUCAUCAAAGUUCGUGAGUCUGAAUGGAUGACUGAUGAAGAAUUUGGAAGAGAGAUGCUUGCUGGUGUUAAUCCUGGCAUGAUUCAACGCCUUCAAGAGUUCCCUCCAAAGAGCAAGCUAGAUCCCACAGAGUUUGGAGAUCAAACUAGUACAAUAACCAAAGAACACUUGGAGAUCAACCUUGGUGGACUCACCGUAGAACAGGCACUGAAAGGUAACAAAUUGUUCAUAUUAGAUCACCAUGAUGCAUUCAUACCGUUUAUGAAUUUGAUCAAUGGCCUGCCCACUGCAAAGUCUUAUGCCACAAGGACCAUCCUUUUCUUGCAAGACGAUGGCACAUUGAAGCCAUUAGCCAUUGAGUUAAGUUUGCCACAUCCUAGGGGACAUGAGUUUGGAGCCGAUAGUAGAGUAGUCUUGCCCCCAGCCGCAGUCAACAGCGCUGAAGGCACAAUUUGGUUAAUUGCCAAGGCUUAUGUUGCUGUCAAUGACACUGGCUAUCACCAACUCAUAAGCCACUGGUUAAAUACUCAUGCCACAAUUGAGCCAUUUGUCAUAGCAACAAACAGGCAUCUUAGUGUGCUCCACCCUAUUCAUAAGCUUCUCUUGCCUCACUACCGUGACACAAUGAAUAUCAAUGCACUUGCACGACAAUCGCUCAUCAACGCAGAUGGCGUUAUCGAGCGAUCAUUUUUGCCCGGCAAAUACUCUCUGGAGAUGUCUUCGGCAGUUUACAAGAGUUGGGUUUUCACUGAUCAAGCCCUUCCUGCAGAUCUUAUCAAGAGAGGAAUGGCAAUUGAGGAUCCCUGUGCCCCCCACGGCCUUCGCCUUGUGAUAGAGGACUACCCUUAUGCUGUUGAUGGACUAGAAAUAUGGGAUGCUAUUCAGACAUGGGUUAAGAACUAUGUCUCCUUGUAUUACCCAACAGAUGAUGCAAUUAAGAAAGACUCUGAGCUCCAAGCUUGGUGGAAGGAAGCUGUUGAGACGGGUCACGGUGACUUGAAAGACAAGCCAUGGUGGCCUAAGUUGAACACUCCUCAAGAUUUGGUUCACAUUUGCUCCAUUAUCAUAUGGAUAGCUUCAGCUCUCCAUGCAGCAGUGAAUUUUGGACAAUACCCUUAUGGAGGUUUGAUCCUAAACCGUCCAACUUUAACCAGAAGAUUUCUCCCUGAACCAGGAAGCAAAGAAUAUGAGGAGCUUUCAACCAAUUAUCAAAAGGCUUACCUGAGAACAAUUACAAGAAAGAUUGAGGCCCUUGUGGACCUUUCAGUGAUAGAGAUAUUGUCAAGACAUGCUUCUGAUGAGAUCUACCUUGGGAAGAGGGACAGUGACGAUUGGACUGAUGACCAAAAGGCAAUUCAAGCCUUUGAAAAGUUUGGAACCAAGCUGAAGGAAAUUGAGGCCAAAAUCAAUUCGAGGAACAAAGAUUCAAGCCUUAGAAACCGUAAUGGACCGGUUCAGAUGCCUUAUACUGUGCUUCUUCCUACCAGUGAGGAAGGCCUUACUUUCAGAGGAAUUCCCAACAGCAUCUCUAUCUAAGGCCAGAGUGCGUUUAUGUGUGGUUCUCUUUCCAAACCUACGUUACCUUUCUCGUUGACGAGUAAAUAUGCAAGCUUAUGCAUGCAUAUAAUAAUUGUCUUAUGCAUUCUUAAGUGUUGUAUGUGGACGUUAUCUAGUUUUCGUAUUUAAUAAGAAUGGUAUCACCAUUACUUUGUUUUUACUAUCAUGUUCACCCGUAGUAUGUAAGAUUGAUAUCCCAAACUAUGAUUAUGAAAUCAAAUUUCUCUAUGGCACCAGUUGGGAUUUUCA